AUGACCGACCAAUAUCUGCGGUGCAAUUAUAAACGUCUGGAACAUGUCCCAAAUUUCCCCAAGAGUUUGGUUUUAAGAUUGGAACAAUUGGACCGCGAAACGUGGUUUUCGCAGCCCUCGCUAGGAGCACAUGUCGUAUUUGACCAUCAACAGUCCAACGGCCAUGAGGUACCAUCGCCAGUUAGCGUCGUGUCAAAUUCUAUUCAUCACCAUGUUGACCGGGUCGAUCUUGCCAAAAUUUCCACCAAUGAAGCCCCACUUUCUGGCCAAACACACGCUAGAUUGCAAAUCGAUGCUUCAAGCCACCUUAUUCCGGGAGGAAGAAAUUUCCGAAGGGUAGAAGUUUUGCGACUGCUUGCUCGCAGCAUGCUACGCCACGAGGAAGGAGCUCAAGAUGGGCCGUUAAAGCCACAUUUUUCGCUCCCGGCGUACACUUAUUCCCAUAAAGAAAAAAGUUACAUGCUCCUUUCCCCAGAAAUUAUGGCAGAUGCGAAUCCAGAAGACCCCGCCCAUCACAUUUUUACCCUAUCUCAAUUUCUAAUUUGCCGCCCUGACUGGUGGGUUGUUUUGCCUAAGGAAGAGAAGAGGGCGCGGGUGCUAGAAUGGAUGACGUGCCUGGCUGCGACUGUUCAUUUUUUCCAUUCUCUUAAGAUCUCACAUGGAGAUAUCUCGACGAAGAGAAUCUAUCUAAUUAAGAACGGGAAGGGCGUCCAGCUUUUCCUUGAGGGAUGGUACCAGUCACACGUCAACCCGCAGGUCAUCGAGUUAACUAAAAAACGGCCUGGUUUAAAAGGCAACAAGAGCUUCGGCUAUGGAGUCCCGGAGCCGGCUCCAAAUUCAGAAAGCCGACCUUCCUCAAGGUCUAAAACGGCUAUACCAGAUUUAUCGAGUGCUGAGGCAUCCAGACUCCAUGAUAUCAAAUGUUUGGGAGAAGUGUUUGCUGAGCUGCUAUUAGUGCUUCUUGGGUUUACAAAGGAUGCAUUGAGUCGCCAGAGAAAAGAGAGACUCGAAUGGACUAAAGAGAUGAAGGCUCGAGAAGGCAAUGGUAGCUGGAACUCGACCUUCUACCCUGUGCCCAAUACCUCUGUCUCUGAAACAUCAGCGUCCUCUGUGGCUUCUGAAAUGGUUGAAAUCAACAUCCCGCGCCCGGGAACUGCCCACUCAGCCUCAAAUGGCCAGCAAGGGCCAAAGUCGGGAGUCAAGCGGGAAGAACCGACUGACAAGACUUCGAAGACUGGAAGCCCAAGAGAUCCUUCAAGCAGACCCGCCAGUAUUUUCGGUGGAAUGUUUUCGAAAUCCAGCAAAGAGCCGCCUAAGGUUGUCGAGCCGGCGGAACAACCAAAGCCUACCAAGUCAAAGAUGUCUUACGGAAUCAGUAAAAUAUCGUCUUUGAGUUCGGCUUCAGGCCCUCCACCCCCUACCUGGUGGCUCGACGAGCUGAAGCUAAUGUAUCCAGCCUUCCAAGGGGCGGCUGAUAAUGUCAACUGGAACAAACAUAGCGAAUUGAUUGGGAACCACCUACUCCCCUUAAUCUCGGCCAUGUAUGUUUCCGAGGCUGCUCUAAGGCCAAGAGCCCAGGCUGUCUGGAAGGACCUGACCAGAAUAGUCAAUGUUUUCUUCAAGGGAACUAAAUUGUGUUGUUCAGCCCAUGAUGAGCAUACUAAGGAGGCUCGAGAAAGUCUAAAGGAUAACAUCCUUGAUGAUAUCUAUAGAAGGGGCAUUGCAGAUGAGGAGGAAGAGACCUGGGAUGGUAUUGGAUGGGAUGGCCCGGAACGUUUUGGGCCAAAACAAGUUGGUAGGAGAGGCGAAGGCGCUUUGGGAGAAUGUUUGUUUGAUUAG